CUGGCUCAGCGCAAGCUCUUUUGCCUCCCCCAAAAAAGAAAGGCCGCCGACGAAAGCCCCGCCCCUUCGUCCCUGCGAUUGGUCUACGUUGACGUCGAUCAAAACCUCCCGCUUUGCUGAUUGGUUGGACUCUCUUCUCGAUGUCCUGGAAAAGAAAGGCGGGUUAGAGUGGGCCCUCUGCGACACGGAAGGGGGCUGGAGACGGCUCUGGGACGCCGGUUGGGCCGGUGAAGCCUUUGGGCCUCGGGACGACGGAACUGUGCGAAGAGAAAAACACGAAGCAACGUUCCCGAAAAUGUCGCUUGACUUUGACAGCGCAGCUUUACAGAUGCAACAUGAAGAUGAAGAAUAUGACCAAGAGGACUACGUUAGGGAGCAAGAGUUGCAACAGCUGUUGACAGAUCUUCCCCAUGAUAUGCUAGAAGAUAGUGGAGAUCACCUCUCUGAUUAUAGUGCCCCUGAGGACCAUGAACGAGUAAAUGAACAUUGGGACCAAAAUGCCAACCAAUGGGAUGAUCAUCCAGUUGCAACAAAUACACAAAGUGAUUACGAACAGGGUCCAAAUGUAUAUGGUGACAACUUUCUGUAUGAUCAAGGAAAUAUCCAAGGUGAAAUACAUGCCAGAGACUGGUCUGACCAUCGCAAUAAAAAUGAAGAUAAAAACAUGUAUGAGAUUUCUGGCAGAAUCAGUGAAGAUGGGUCUGAUGAUGUGUAUCUCAGAGAAGAUGGGUAUAAAGCUUCUAGCCAUUACCAACAAACCAAUGCAUAUCAUUUUCCAGAAAACGUAAGACUGUAUACAAAUGGUCAACAACAAGAAUUCAGUAACCAGCACAGCAAAAUUGCAAACUUGGUUGAUGCUAAGAAGGAACACUUGAAGUUUGGCACUUCAGAAGGAACUACCAAGCAACCUAUGGAGCCUUACAAAGUAAUAUAUAAGCCAUAUGAGAAUAACAUUCAGCAGCCAGGUUCUGUUUCUCCAGAUGCACCAAGAAGAAACGAAGUGUUUGAAGAAAUGCAGCAAGAAUUUCUGGGUACUGGUGAGAAUUCUUCUGAAAACAUGCAGAUUCUACAACUUCAGAUUAUUAAUAAAGCAAAAGAACGAAAACUGGAGGAACUUAACAAACAGCUGGAAGAUAGAGCACAGCAGAUUAGAUAUCUGUCUCAUCAGCUUGCUAUUGUGAAAGAUGAAAAGGAUGGCAUGUGUCUUAGUCUUCAGGAAAGUCAAAAAAACUUUCAGAAUGGCAAGGAAAUAGAAAUUCAGCUUGAAGGCCAAAUAAAAGCACUCAAAACCCAAAUUCAAACACUAACUGCCAACGAGGAGCAGCUGAUCAAAAAAGCCAAAAUAGCAGAAGUUGCUAUGGAAAGCAUGCAGCAGCAGCUCUUGGAACUUCGGCGGUCUGAUGCUCUUCAGCGUGCAAGAGAGCAGCACGAGGCCAUUGUUGCAGCACUCAAACAGAAAUAUGAAGAACAAGUCAUGUCUCUGCAGCAGAAACUUGAUGCUAGCCAUGUAGCACUGCAGGAGCAGACAGAACUUUGCUGCCAUCUAAAGGAACACGUGAAACAACUUGAAAGAACUCUUGAAGAAAGCAAAUUAGAAAAAAAUGAAAUGAUUAGCCGGCUCUCAAGAAGCCUAGAAGAAAGUCAAAAUCAGUGUGCAAAUCUCCUACAGACAGGCUGGGUAAAGGAAACAAAUGAGUUACGUAUGCAGCUUCAACAAGCUCAGUCUGCCCACUUAAUAAGUACUGAAAUGAACAAGGCUCUGCAGGAAGAGCUAAAGGAACAAAAAGAAGAAAUUCUUUUAUAUGAAUCUGCAGCAAAACAUGGUGUGUUUCUCAGUAACCCACAUGAAGGAUUGAAUGAAAUGUCUGAUUCUUAUGUUGAUUUGGGUAUUAAAAAGAUCAACAAGAAAACAAGACUGCACAGUCCUACAGAGCAUAAAGAAGCAGACAGAGGACUUUCUAAAGAUGAGAUCAUCUUAGAGUUAAAGGAUGAAAUGGAACGUUUGCUGAGAAGUAACAAAUCGAAGAGGAACCGAGUUUCUCAGUUGCAAAAUGAGCUUGAAGAUUGCCAGAGGACAAUAGAUGAGUUGAAGCAGCAGCUGGUGAAAACAAAUGUUCAUGAGCAUAAAGGAAAAAAUAUUCAAAGGCCAUCUGAUACCUUGCAGUCUGAUAACACUGAGGAAAUUCUGAGGCUCGAAAAAGAAAAUGAAAUUUUGCUACAAGAAAUUGAGAGCCAUAAUGCACGGGUUCAGGAGCUUAUAGAAAGCCAGGAAAAACUGAAAAAUGCAAAUCAAGAGCUAUGUAGUCAAAUGAGACAGAUGGUUCAGGACUCUGAUCGGGAUAAGCAAGAAGCCCUUGACAGGUGUGAAAAAAUAUACCAGCAACAUUAUGAGGAUGUAAAGAAAAAGCUUUGUGAAGAGUUCACAGAAAGGCAUAUGGAAGAAAAAGAAAAGCUCAUCCAGGCUUAUGAGGACAACAUUAGCCAGUUAAAGACAGACACUGAUGAACUGAGCAAAGAGGUGAUUGCAGUGAAGGAAUGUUACAUUGCUGUCUGCAGAGAGCGGGAUGAACUGGAGGCUACUCUGAAGGCAGCAUUUGAACAAGAGCAACAAGUGUGGGAAGACAAGUUAAAGAAACAGUUAUUGGAUGAAAUGGAAGAGUCUUUGAGCAAGCUGAAGACUGAACUAGAAGACGCCCACCAUAAUGCAAUGGAACUAGCUAAAAGUCAGUGGCAGAAAGAAAAAACUGAGAUGAAGAAGCACGCUGAGAAUGAAGUUGCUAAAGCUAAAGCCUUUUCUGAGAAAAAAAUGAAAGAGAUCAAAGAGCAGGCUGUUCGUGAAAUUGAAAAAGAGUGGCAGAAUAAACUGGAUCAAGCUUUGGAAGGAGCAAAGACAUCAGUAAUGGAACUCAAAGAUAAUGGCAACCAGACUGAACCAUUAUCCAUCAGAGAUGACACCAUACGCCAACUCAUUACAGAGGUGGUUGAAGAGCAAACUCUGCUGUUUCAAGAAGCUCUGAAGGAAAAAGAAAAGGCACUGAGAGAGUAUGAAGCUAGACAUCAUGAGAGCAUUGCCAAUCAGGUGGAAUCAGCUCUCACAAAAGCUCAUACCAGGUGGUUGCAAGAACUGACUCAGCUUGAGGAGUUCAAAGCUCAUCUGAAAGCAGCCAAGGAAAAAUGGGAGAAGGAAUCUGAAAUUAACACAGCAAAACAGGUGUCACUGGCUCUUUCUGCUGCAGAAGAGAAAUGGAAGAAGGAGAUUGAGAACAGUGAUAAAGUUAGAGUCAGGAGCAAGGAUCUUGAAGAGAAGAUACAUUCCCUUAAAAGGGAACUGGACCUAAAAAAAGAUGAAAUCCCAGCCAUUAUUAAAGCAGAACUGGCAAAAGCACGCACUCAGUGGAAUAAGGAAAAGCAAGAGGAGGUCCUCAGGAUACAAAACCAAAAUGAAAAAGAUUACCACUCCUUUUUACAAGAUCACAAGAAUAAAAUCAAUGAGGUCCUUGCAAAGGCCAAAGAAGACUUUGCUAAGCAAAAGAAAGAACUGCUUGAUCAGAAAGAGACAGAACUGAAGAUACAGCUGGGUCAGAAACAGCAAGAAUGGGCAGUCCAGGAAGCCAAGAGAUUCCAAAAUGAAAUUCGCCAGUAUGAAGAUAGGAUUCUCGUUCAGAUCGAACUCCUGCUAGAUGACAUGCACAAGGAUUUGGUCAAAUUCACAGGUGAUGAGCAUGCUUGGCAAGCUAAGUGGACUGCUCCUGCUCAUAUCAAUCUCCACUUCAAAGAGAAACUGAUAUUCUGUCUGCAGAAAGCAUAUAAAGCUACCAUCUGUACCAUUCUAGAAAAAAAUAAGCAAACAUGGAAUGAGAAACAUGAAGAUUUGAAUUACAAUUUCAAAUAUGUGGAAGACUCUUCCAUACAAAAUGAAGGAGAGAAUGGGGACAAAGCAAGGCCUUUCAUAUAUGAUGUUGGACAGCAAGUAGAACUACAAAGAAUGUUAAGAAAUCAGCCAUCUUUGCAGGAGACUGACGUGGAUACGGAUUCUGCCUGCAAGAAGAGAAACCUAUUAUCCCGAGAAGGCAUUUGUUGGGACCAUUGUCAACAGCUUGAAAGAAAAGAAAAAGAAUGUCAGGAUUUGAAAAAGAAACUUGAUAAAGCUUGCAGACAUCUCCAGCUUGCAGUGAAGGAACAAAACUCAAAAUUGGAACAAGAAAAAACAUUAAAGGCUUUAAUAGAAGAAAACUCUGUGCUGAAGAACCAACUUGAUGAUCUGAAAUCUGCCCAUGCUCCCCCAAGAUCAUUGUCGGAAGGGUGUGUCUCAAAGCCUUGCAAUUCCUGUGAUGGAAAAGCCUUGGAAGAUAUGCGUUCCCAAUACAUUAAAGCCGUGGGCAAAAUUAAGAGAGAUAUGCUUCGUUACAUUCAUGAAAGUAAAGAGAGAGCUGCCGAAAUUAUUAAAGCAGAAGUAUUUAGAGAACGUCAAGAGACUGCCCGGAAGAUGCGUAAAUACUAUCUUAUUUGUCUUCAGCAACUUCUGAAUGAUGACAGGAAACAUGAAGGGGCUGAAAAAAAAAUAAUCUGUGCUGCUGGCAAAAUUGCAACAAUGGCAAAAAUACUGGAAACCCCUGUUCGUAAUUCACCCCAGAAUAAAACCACCCAUUUAGUUCUGUCACAAAACUCCAAGCUGCUCUUUGAGGAUGAGGAACCUAAAAGAAAUUACAUUCAGCAGUCCAGGCCAACACCAAUGGAACAUCAGACUCAUGGUGAAAGUAUGGGCAAUAAGACGAGCAACCCACUUACCCAGAGACGUAUACCUUGUAGCUUACAACAUCAGUUUGAAAAUGAAAGCCAGUCAAUCCCAGUUUCCCAAACCUGGGUUGAUGGGAAAGCCUUUAAGCAACUGGAGGAUCCUUCAGUUAUUGCUGAAGGCGAAAGCAGAAGCCAUGACCUGCCUCAUGUUGCCACAUUCCAGAAUCCUCCUCCAUGUAUUUCUAAAGCAAAAUUCCAAGGUAUCAAACUGACUAGCAGUACAGAUGGUGCUUCUGACUCAGGGGCAACUUAUGAAAGGCUUAACAAUUUAAAUGAGAGAUCAGUCAUAAAAGAACUUAGUUGUCCCCAGUCUGCUAAUCAUUGGAAAGCAACAUCUGAAAAGACUCAUAUCUUUGAAGUUCAGGAAACUCCAGUGAAGGAUGAUGGUUGCUCUUCUGACUGGAGCCUGGUGAGCGAGACUCUCCAAAUGGACAGCAAGGAUGCUUCUCUGUAUCCUAUUCAGAAAUCACAUUCCAAGACACCACUUGAAUCCUGUCGACAGUUUUCCAUGGCAAAUCUCUUCUCCCAUGCCAAGGAAGAUACAUCCUUGUUUUGCGAACAAUCUGUUGGUCACAAAGACAAGUCCCUAGUUGCAAAGGGACCCAACACAAAUUACAAAGAGGGCCAUCAGACUGUGAACCCUGAUGAAAUGCCAUAUUCAAACUUGGAAGAUUUAAGUUCUGAUCCCCAGGCGAGUGGCACUGUAUUAUGUUCAACAGAAGGAAAAAACUACAACCCACUGCAUUCAAGGAAACAGAUGCGAGACGUUACAGCUUUUCAACAAGAUAGUGGCUUUGCCAGCUCACAAAUCAACUUUGAUUAAACAUCAGGGAAACUCUGCACUUUCUGGAGAGAGAAUUAAAUAUAUUUAAAUGAAAGCUUUGGAGGAAGCCAGUUGUGACUGUCUUGUGAGUGUUUUUGUUUGCUUCUUGGUCUCUUUCUUAGACUCUUAUCUAAGCAAAACCAUUGUAAAUAUUUAUGCAGGUUUUUUUCCUGCACCCUAGCUAUCUGGUUUUCACUGUGUAUAGAUUGUCUUUAUACAUUUGUGUUGGUUGUGUGUUGUGUCUGAAAUUACCUAUUUUUAUAUCUCAAGAUUAGCGUGCAGUCCAUUGCAAACCUUUUAUAUUUAUUCAUAAA